GCUCGCGGUGCACUCUGGGGGAUGUAGUUCCCCCGGGGCCGCGCUGAGGUCGCUGAGCUGAGGUCCGUGCCCGUCCGCCGGGCCUCGCUGCCUGCGGAGAGCUCUGAGUCCUCCGGGCACAUGGGUGCGGAGGGGCCCCUCCAGGCUCAGGCCCACCUCUCCUCACUGUGUCCUGGGGAUGGAGCUCAGGGAGUGCCGUGGCCUCUUGGUCUCAUCCUCGUGUGCUGCCUGCUGGGGAAAGCCUCGGUGCGGCCCCAGGAGCUGAGAACUGCUGUGCCCCAAAUGGGAGCAGCAGUGCGUUGGGGUCCUUAGGGAUGGAGCAUCUCCUGUAUGAAGAAAAGCUGAGGGCUCUGGGGCUGUUCAUCUGGAGAAGACUGGGAAGGGGGGGGAAAUCUCAUCACUUUGUAAAUGCCUGAAGUGCGGGAGUCAAAUGGAUGGGGCCAGGCUCUUCUGUAGUGUGCAGCAACAGAACAAGGGGCAACAGGGAAAAACUGCAACGUCCAUGCAAAUAUGAGGAAGAACUUCUUUUCUAUGUGAGUGCCAGAGCCCUGGAACAGGCUGCUUAGAGGUGGGGGAGUCUCCUCUGGAGAUAUUCAAGACUGUCUGGACAUUAUCAUGUGCAGUGUACUGCAGCGGACUGCUUUAGGGGAUUGUGGGAGCUCCAAAGGUCCCUUCCAACCCCUAUUAUUCUGUGAUUCUAUGACUGUGGGUCUUCUUAUGUCUUCUGCGAAACAGUGAAGUAGUUCCAGCCAACCAAAAAAAGCAAAACAAAAAAAAAUCCAACAACACUCUUUCAACCAAAGAAGAGUUUUAGUUGAUAACAAAGUGUUCUAGUGCAAAUGUUUCCAUUGAUCCAAGUGGUGUGGAUGACUGAAACCAGAGUGGGACUCGUCGAAACCACUCCUCAGCCAGGCAAACACCUUCAUCUCUUAUCAAGGUUCUGUAGUCAUAUGAUGUGUGUUUGUACUGGUGCACAGAGCACUGGUCAGCCUUUCAGGGGCCAGGAGGAGGUGUGGUUCCGUCAUCACAGCCCAGGCUGCAGGAGAGGAGGACUCACUGCCUCACUGCUGCGCACACUGCCGAUGACCCUGCGGCACUUUGCAAGCAAGAGCAGCCUCUGCGGGGUUGAAGACACAAUGGAGCAGUCACCAGGUGGCCAGCACUGCUCCUUGUCACAUUGAGGGGCCACCGACCCCACUGCUUGCCACCUCUGCCCUUCUGACAGGGCUGAACUCUUCAGCUCAGUCAGGAGAAGCCGAGGGACAUCCAUCAGGUGUGGUGCACCAGGAAGAGCUGAGCCAGGGCAGAGAGGAGGCGGCACAGGGCACGUGAGUGGUGGCGAGUCGGACCUAAUGGGGUUUCUUUGAGAGCAGUGGGAGCAGCUGAAGCUGGUUCCCCCGUGCAGUCUCAUGUGGGUGGCUGACCAUUCAUGGGCUGACAAUGGCGCUUUCCUUGAUUCCCUGCUGAGCUCCUAUAAGCAAUGCCUGAUAAAAGCUGAGCUCGGGUCACAGCCUCCCCUUUCCCUGGGGAAAUUACCAAGUCUUUGACUUCAGGUUUAUUUCACUGUGAGCAGGGAGACCACAAAGGCUCUGAUGUGUGCUCUCUGCCAGCCUCUGUUCAGGAGCAGGCAUGCACAGUCUGUCACACAGUUGGAACAGGGUCACCUCCAGGGCUGGGCCACCCAUUGCUGCUUGUCUGCCUGGCGAUGCCCUACCUGUCCAACUGCAGCAGAGCCCUUGGGACUCUAGAUCUUGGUGUUUAUGUCCCACCAAUGCUGUGUGGAAACCAAUGUUGCAUGAACCACAUAGUUCUUAAAUAGAAUGGCCAUGUGUAGCUGUGAGGCUGGUGGGAGAUGCAGAGAUUUUGGCUUGUGUCUUUUGUGUGUGCUGGCCUGGAGUGUGGAACACUAGUGACCAGAAACCACGUUGUUUCAAGGGGGUAAACUGAAGUCACAGCCCUACACACUGUGGCUCAAACUCCCAACCCUUGUAUCAGUCAAAAUUAACUUUGCAAGUUGUAUUGUGUAGUUUCUCUCCAUCUUGAAGAUGAAGAUGCUGUUUGUGAUUUCAUUCUGCUUUUGCUCAGAUGCAUCACUUGAGCUAAUGCCAGGACAUGCAAGAGCUGAGACAAUGAACCAAGGAGAUCUGUAGAAAUUCAUACAGACCAGAGUCAGUGCUAGAACUCAGCAAAGAUCGUUCUUGGCUCUGUCUCCAGCCUUGCCAAGUCUUGGCAUGCAGGCAGGUCUCUCUUGGAGGGGGCUACAGGCUGACACAGCUGCCAGGCAAGGAAAGGUUCCGGAUGAGGAUCAGCUUGGUGGUGGCUUCUCCCACUGCAGGCAGAGCCAGGAGGCCUGACCGUAUGCAGUCUCAUGUAGUCAGAACACUGCAGAUUUAAACAAGCAUCUCACGCUAUUUGUGGAGUCUAAUUAUAAGCUCACAACUGUCUGAACUGCUGAUGGGACAUGAAGGUGUUUGAGGCAUCUCUUCACUUCUGCAAGUGCUGAGCUCUGUUUUUGCUCAUCUGUGUUUGCCUUGCUCUUUGCAUUAGGGCUGCUGGAAGGUGGCAGCAUGGCUCGGAAGAUGAGCAUUGACAAUCUGGAGGACCAGCUGCUCUGCCCCAUCUGUUUGGAGGUCUUCAAAGAGCCCCUGAUGCUGCAGUGUGGGCAUUCCUACUGCAAGUCCUGUGUGCUGUCACUGUCUGGAGAGCUGGACGAGCAGUUCUUGUGCCCCGUGUGCCGCAAAUCCGUGGACUGCAGUGCUUCACCACCCAAUGUCACGCUGGCCCGCAUCAUUGAGGCACUGCAGAGCAGGGGCGAGACAGAGCCCACCCCAGAGUCCUGCCCAAUGCACCACAAUCCACUGAGCCUCUUCUGCGAGGCUGACCAAGAGGUGAUCUGUGGGCUGUGCGGCACCAUUGGCAACCACAAGCAGCACAAGAUCACCCCUAUCUCUACCGCAUACUGUCGGAUGAAGGAGGAGCUGUCUGUGCUGCUAACCGAUGUCCACCGGUGCAAGGGGAACCUGGAUGAACAGUUCAGCAAACUCAUCAACAACAAAAUCCGCAUUGCGAAUGAGGCAGAUGUCUUCAAGUGGGUGAUCCAGAAGGAGUUUGAGGAGCUGCACAGGUACAUCGAUGAGGAGAAGGCCACCUUUCUGGAGAGUGUGGAGGGGAAGGCGGCCCAGCUCAUCACCUCCAUUGAGUCUCAGGUCAAGCAGACAUCAGACACCCUGCAGAGGCUGAAGGAGAUGCAGAGCAUUCUGGAGACACUCAGCAACGAAAGUCAGCUUGAUUUCAUCCGUAAAUACAGCUCCUACCAGUUCAGGUCAGAGCUUCCUAGCCUACACCCAGGUGAUGCCAUCUUCAGUCCCGUAUCAUUCAAGCCUUGUUUCCACCAAGAUGACAUCAAGAUGACUGUGUGGAAGCGGCUGCACCGCCACGUCCUGCCAGCUCCAGAGACGCUGAAACUGGACCCGGUGACAGCACAUCCCCUGCUGGAACUCUUCAAGGGUGACACAGUGGUGCAGUGCGGGCUGUACCAGCGCCGGGACAGCAACCCCAAGCGUUUUGACUCCAGCAACUGCAUCCUCACCUGCAAGGGCUUCUCCUGCGGCCAGCACUACUGGGAGGUGAUUGUGGGCACCAGGAACCACUGGCGCGUGGGCAUCAUCAAAGGCACGGUCAGCCGCAAAGGGAAGCUCAGCAAGUCUCCCGAGAACGGCGUGUGGCUCAUCGGCCUCAAGGAAGGGAAAGUCUACGAGGCCUUCAGCACCCCGCGGGCCACGCUGCCGCUGACCGCCCGGCCGCAGCGCAUCGGGAUCUACCUGCACUACGAGAAGGGCGAGCUGACCUUUUACAACGCCGACAGCCCCGACGAGCUCAGCCCGAUCUACACCUUCCAGGCGGAGUUCCAGGGCCAGCUCUACCCCAUCGUGGACCUGUGCUGGCCGGAGCGAGGGCCCUUCUCCCCUCCCAUCAUCCUGCCCCCUCCCGCUGCCGGCCGGCACACCCAGGGGCCCCCCGCGGCGGAGGAGCCCACCAAGCUGUAGGGCGCGGCACCGCGGCUCUCCCGGCGCAGCUCCCAGCGCGGAGCCCCGCGCCGCCGUCCUGAAUAAAGCUGCCGCUGUGCUGCCCGAGCCGUG